CUAUUAUUCUAUUUAAUUUUAUUUGGUUCUGUGAUAAAAUUGUGUAUAUAAGUUAUAACCAACGUCUCGCAUAAAUAUUUAUUAAACUAUUUUUUGUGUUCCUGAACGUGCGCUUGUUGACAAAAUAUUAUAUAGGUAUACCUAUAGAAUAUCUAAUCAUGAUAUAUUAAAGUAUCGAGAAAAUAUUGAGUUAAAGGUUGGUAAUUUAAGUUAUAUUAUGUAGACAACCAGUGGUGGUCAAAUGACAAAUAGUGGAGUGACGAGGGAGGAUAGAUCCUCCUAUGACCAUUUUUCAAUGUGUUAGAUCUAAUAACCAUAAAUUAAUCAAAUAGUGCAUAUUAAAAAAUCAGCCAUACCCCCCCCCCCUUGAAAAAAUCAUUUGACCGUCGUCCACCACUGUGUAGACAACUUGGGAAGUUGUAAAUCCCCGUGAAAUGUGUAAAUGACAAAUACCUACUUACUACGCCUGACUGACCUGAAUCGUAGUUUCAUCUAUAACCGUCUCCACUCUGAAUUAUUUUUAUCGCAUAAAAUAAUUUAUCAUUGAAACAAAUUUUACACUAUUUGUCGGGACAUAAAAAUUUUACGUACUUAUAAUACCUAUGUUAUAAAUUAUAUUAUACCUACGUAAUGAUGUACAAAUAUAUAUAAUUUUUUUUUUUUGAUUUAUGUGAUUUUUUAUUCAAUCUGUUACAAUAUAAGAACAACUGAUGACUAUGUUAUAAAAUAAAAAAAAUAAAAAGGCAGGCCGGACGGAGUGUAGAGGCCUCCCAGCGGAGGUACUACAACAUGAGUAUGACUUUAAUUAUAGUCUAGCAGGUCACGACACCACUGUCUUUCAAGUCUUUUAACUGGGUUACCUGGAAUAGAAGCAGAUGAAAGAUUGGAGAUUAAGGGAUUCUUAUGGUUGGCUAGGCGGCUAUUGAAACGUUUGUAAUGAGUUUUGGCUAGUUCAGAGACAAAUGGUAUUUUAAGAUCAGAGUGGAGGGUGUGGUUAGAGACAUAGAAUGGUUCUUUUAGAAUUGUACAAAUAUUUAAAUUAAUUUUAUUUUUACCUAUUAUAUACUAUUGAAAUCAUUCUCACUGUUCUACGGUAAGGUGGUAUUGACUCAAAAGUUAAUAAUAAUAAUCAUAUAAUAUCAAAGCUCAAAGCCCCCUCAAAAAAUAAUAGUACCUAUACCAUUCUUAAAAGUAUGUACCUAUAAAUUAUAAGUUAAAAAAAAAAUGUGUUGGGGCUUGAGCCCCCCUAAACAUUUUUCCUAUUUUCGCCACUGAUAGUACAAUAUAAUGCAUACAACCAAUAUGUCGUUGUCGUAUAUAAUAUUAUGUCUAUUAUUUUCAUAAAAGCAAAAAAUACUUUUUUUCAAAUUUCAUAUACACCUUUAGUGGGUCUGGUAUAGCGUCGUAGUUGGCCGAAAUAACUAACGUGUGCUGGGGUCAAACAUCUUUCGGGAUCGCUGGCUUCCGGAUGGAUGACCACCCGGCUUCUUGGCGACGAGUCCUUGUCCCACAUACAUAAUACGCGUUUCAACCGUAACCCUCCAUAUACCUAGUCUAUACGCCCAAUGAGCCAUGUUUCUGAUAGUCACAAGAAUAAAUGCACAGACCUAAAAUUUGUUUUUUGUAUUCUUGGUGUAGGAAAACAUGUCUCCUAUUAAGAAGAAAGUAGUGAUCGUCGGUGACGGCGAGAGUGGUAAGACAUGCCUAUUGCGCGUGUUUUUUGAGGAUAUUUUCCCAGAAGUAUACGUGCCAACUGUGUUUGACUACUAUUCAACUGUGAUCGAAGUUGAAGGGAAAAAGGUGGCGCUCGACCUAUGGGACACUGCUGGUCAAGAGGAUUAUGACAGACUGCGACCACUGUCAUAUGGGGCCGCUGAUGUAGUGAUCAUAUGCUAUUCAAUCGAUACUCCCAAAUCGUUGAUUAACGUAAUUGAUAAAUGGGUGCCGGAAGUGCGGUAUUUUUGCAAGGAAGUGCCGGUGAUAUUGGUUGGCAAUAAGAAGGACCUCCGCGAUAGCCAUCUGCAGGGCAUUGAUCUACCGCAGUCUGACCAGGACAUAGGCAACGCAACCGAAAUCACUGUUGGACAAACGAUUACUGGAAACGACACGCUGACAAGUAUUGAUCUGCCGGGCGAGUCAGAAACAGUCGAACGGUUGCCGGUACAGGCGAAAUCGGAUGGGUACCGUGGCAUGAUAGUAACAAGACAAGAAAACUUCGACGUAUCGGAAAUUGGCCAAAAAAAUAUUAUCAGACAAGAACCAGAAAAAUCAGUAGUUACUACAGAAAAUCACAAUACGGACACACCGAGAAAAACUACCAUUCGGAUACCUGAACAUAAUGUCAUGACAACCAAAGAAAUUGGUCAAUCAGUGGCCGAAGAUAUCAAAGCUUUCGCAUUUUUAGAAUGUUCUUCGAAGACCAAGGAAGGAGUCCGUGAUGUUUUCGUUGCCACAGUGAAGGCGACAAGAAGGACUUCCAAACAUAGUACGCAGUGUAUUUUACUUUAAGCUCAAAAUAAAAUAUAAUACAGGGAUGUAUA